GGUCGGAUUCUGGGAUUGGGAGGCCGCGGGAGCGCGCCAGUGUCUCCUAGGCGCGCUGGCAGUUGUCUGCACCUGGGCGGCCCGGCGCUGCGUCACGUUGGUUACGCACACAAUCACUCUUUAGAGACUCUCCAGAGCCCGCCCAGGCAGCUGCGCCCUCCCCAGACCGGGGCACCCCGGAGGCGGAGGCUCCGAUGGUGCGGGCUGUGGGUCUGAGUUGGAGCUGAUGAGCGGCCGGCGGGGUUGAGAAGAGCCUGACGGAGUCGGGGCCAGGCACCUUCCCUUUCCCCAGCCGUCGGGCUCCGGGGUUCCCGCCCGCUGCUUUCCAGCCGUCAGUGUUGUUCCUUGCUGGAAGCCCUGAACUCUGUGCCCCCCAAGCCCCGGGCCACUGCGGGAAUGUUCAAAAAUGAGUACCAGGGAGGAGCAUUUGUUGAAAUCUUCAGUGCUCAGGGGAAAAAUCCUGGAGCAAAAUGGAAGAUCCUCGGCAGUCCAUCUGUGAUUUGGAAAGAGUUUGAUAAAGAAGUUAAAAGUUUUGUGUUUGUUCUGGAAGGCAGCAGCCAGACAAACAAAAUUCAAUUACCAAAGGAGAAUAAACAAAUCCUUGGACUGAUCCAGAGGUUUCUUGUACUUCAGAUUUAUAUACCCUUGGGACAAGACUUCUCCACUGAAUUGCUAAUUACAGAUUUGGGGAACAUCAAAAGAAGAUUGUAUUUAUCAACUGUCCAUAAGGAACUGUCCUCAACCCCUCUUCAUGCAAAAAUCCCUCUCUUCAUGAUCAAGCGCAAAAUUUGGUGCAAUCUAUGCAUUGACCUGGUAGCAUUCACAAGUGAAAUAUUCAAAGGAGCAGUUUUCCAGUCAUUGGAUGGAAUUAUUGUCUCAGCUAACUGUAAACUACGGAAGAUCUUUACUUUAAAAUCAAAGCCUCAAGACACUGCUGACAAAGAUGCUGUAUAUGGUGUUUCCUUUCCAGGAGAUGAACCUACCGACAUUAUUCCGCGAAGCUGCCAACUAACCACAGAUGUUCCACAAGUCACACAGCUGCUAAAUAUGACUAAACUCCGCCAAACUGAAAUAAAAUUUGGAGGUUAUCCUCUAAAUUCAGCAGAAUCAGAUCAGUUCAUUAACAGAGGAACAGGUAGUUUUCGGACCAGUAAAAGUCAAGAUGUUUGUCAUAUCGCCUUUGGAUCCAAAGUUCUUGGACCACCUCCACUCUCUGGCAGAAGGAAUAACAUGAGGAUGUCCAUGGAGACAAUAAGAUCCAUUGGGUCCAAAAAUAACAGAUCAUGCCAGCAGUCUACCAUAGAGAAGUGUGUCAGCAGUGCAGAAAUGUCAGCCUUACUGAUAUCCAAGUCUGAGGAGCAAGGAGAUAAAGAAAAUAUGCACCAAAUAAAGCAGACCAUACCUAUUCAUGCCAAUCUACAUAUUAUGCAUCCACAUCCCCCCCAAGAACCAUCAACAGAUAAGAAUAAUAACAGAAGAAGAGUACGGUUAAAAAGCACCAGCAGAGAAAGGACAGAGAUACGCAGCGGCAGCUCUUCCGAAAAUAACAGGAAUGGCGAUAAAGCAACAACUGUCCUCACCAGUGAAUGCCAACAAAGAGCAGAGGUGUUGAACCCCAGCACUCCACGACCCCAGUCUCUUGAGCAAGCAGAUGAGUGGAUAUUUCCUGAAAAUUAUGAUCACAUUCCCCAUUUGGCGUCCAGCAGACAGUCUCUACUUCUGGAUGAUGAUUCCUGCAACACUUCGCACCUCUGGCCAGAAGCCAGCAAGGAAAGUGAGCAGAACCAACAAGCAGAGGAAACCCAGAUUGUUCCAAAGGACAUUUUCACUUUUUCAUCAAGACCACGAUCAGCACCUCAUGGAAAGACUCAGAAUAUGUCCCCAGAGGAGUGCCCAUUUAUUUUGGAUCUAAAAGAGGAUAACAGUGGGACAAGGAGAGGCACCCAAUUGGAGGAUGAUUUAUAUGGCGGUGACAGCAGCGAAGAGGGUAACCACAGUAUCCAGGGUUCUCCGAGCCCAACAACUAGUCCUUCAGGGUUAACUCAGAUAACAUUAGAGAGCAUGCUGGGAAAGGCUGCAAGACGGACAAGUAAAGGAUAUCUAAAAAGUGCCUACACGGAAGCAGGAACCUCAGAAAGCCAGAAUUCCUCGGUGAAACAGAUAGAUAGAAACAACUUUCAAAUGAGUUUGGUGCCUACACCAUGCAUUUCUCCCCCUGGAAGAAGGUGUGAAUCCUCUCAGAAAACUCCAGAUCCCAUUAUCAAAGCAAAGGACCUAUCAGCCCAUCAAGUGCCAGCUUCAGUAAACAAAACUUUCCUAAGAGAAAUCUCAGGGGAAAAGUUGAGACUGAUCCCUGAAGCAUCUGAAUAUGAUUGGAGAAACUAUCAGCCCAGUCAGAUGAGUGAGUCCGAGUUGCAGAUGCUGGCAAGCCUACGGCGGCAACAAAACGAAGAACUGGAGGAUGCUGGGGCUCCCCAUGGCUUGAGUGCAUCCCAGGUUGACAACUGUAAUGUCAGCAUAAGUACCAGCAGUGACGACACAACCACCUGGAACUCCUGCCUGCCACCACCUGUCAAUCAGGGUCGUCACUACCAGAAAGAAAUGAAUCCGCCUUCUUCUAAUCCCCGGGACUGGUUAAAUAUGUUCAGCCCACCAAUUGUUCCUCCUAGUCAACAGCCAACCGAACAACAUCUGGAUUCUUCAGGAAGUUUGAGUGCUCAAGGUGAAGAAGACCUGAGUGUGGAAGAGGAUGAGGAAGUGCUGACUCUGUUGUAUGACCCAUGUCUGAACUGUUACUUUGAUCCCCAGACUGGGAAAUACUACGAGUUGGUGUGAUCCGUCCUUCCAGGGCAAAGAAUGGCCACCACUGGCCAGAAGAGGGAUAGCAGCUCAGAUUCUGUUAAGAAGGCAUCACAGCUUGUGCGUUGGGCCAGCCUGGGGAAUCAAAAGUAACUGAGAAAAAAUGAAUUUAUUUUGUAAAUAAUGUUCCUUGUUAAGAAUAGCGACAUUCUUUUUGUAGAGGUGUGUAAUUUUGAAACUGUGAAUGAAUACAAAGACAAGAUUUUAGGACUUUAAAUUGGUUCUUGUUUGUUGGUCCCCAACCUAUGUAUAAUUUUAUUUCAUAUAAUUUUAUGUAAACAAAUUAAGAGUCAUUAAUUCAAUUUUUUGCAGUGUUAAUCUGUAAAUGAUGGCCUGAUAUACAGAAAAUAUAAUUGUUUAAAUGAUAUUUGGGUACCCUUUAUUUUAUAACAUAUUUGUAUUAAAAAUAAAGUAUGAUGGUCAGAAGAAUACCUUGUAAACUGCUGCUUUUUAUUCACCCCACUUUCUUUACGAGAAUAUUCCUAGAUGAUAUUUACCUUUCCUUAGACACUCUUAGAAAAGGAAACACUGUGAACUGGUCAGCCUUUAUGAUCACAUUUUAUUGGCACUGGCCCCACUAUUUCCAUUUCACUACGGUUCAUCCAGAGUUUGUCAAAGAUCACAACAUCGUUAAACUCUUAAGCUGCUUAGCACUCUCACUUGUGGAGGUUUUUACAAUUUUCUACCAAUUAUCUCUGAAUUCUAAUGAUAUAGUCCAAAUUAGCUCCGCGGAUCCAGAUUUAACAAGAAGUCGCCCAUUUGAACACCCCACAUACCUCACCACUUGGGCCUGCAGAAAUCUGGAAGGGCUUCCUUUGGUCUUUAAGGUUAUGCCAGUGUGAUUGCCACACCACCAGGAAAAAAACCAUGUGUUUUUGGGCAGACAGCUCUGAACUGUGUGCCAAGUGUAUUAAUGUUGAUCUUUUACUUAUUGUAUUAGCUGGCAUAUUUUGUUAUUUAAUAAAGAUUUUUUAAUAAA